CUUUCGAGUUCCCCUUCCAAUUUCCACACUGAUUUCAGCUACGAGGUCUCUCUGUUGGUCACUUUCACAGUUUGGGAAUCAGAGUAUAUUCAAGAAUCAAGAAAGAAUGUUUAGACGUGCCUAUUCCACAGCUUCUUCUACGCCAUUGCUUAAGACCCCGUUGUACAACCUGCACAUCUCGCUAGGGGGUGAUAUGGUUGAAUUUGCAGGCUAUGCGAUGCCAGUGUUGUACAAAGGCUUCUCACACAUCGAUUCUCAUCGCUGGACGCGUGAGCAUGCCGGCCUGUUUGACGUUUCCCAUAUGCUGCAGCAAAAGAUCUCUGGAAAAGAUGUCAUCCCGUUGUUCGAUAAGAUUACCCCUACUGACUUCAAGCCUUUGAAGCCAUGGCACAACCAACUGAGCGUGUUGUUGAACGAGGAAGGUGGUAUCGUGGACGACACCAUCAUCACCAAGCACGACGAUGAUGAGCAUUUCUACGUUGUCACCAACGCUGGAACUCGUGCUAAAGACCAGGCCUUCUUUAAGAAGUAUGCUGAGGGGCUCGAUGUCAAAUUCGAGGUCAUUGACAGUACGCUCUUGGCAAUUCAAGGCCCAAGUGCUCAAAAGGUGUUACAGAAGUUCACCAAUGAGGACCUGUCUAAGAUCUAUUUCGGUAAUUCGAAGUACAUCAUCGUUCCAGGCUUCAACAACGCGGAACUGCACCUUGCCAGAGGAGGCUACACUGGAGAAGAUGGGUUUGAAGUGUCCAUUCCAAAUGAUAUUGCCGAGGAUUUGGCGAAGGCACUUCUAGAGGAUCCAGAGUUGAAACCUGUAGGGCUUGCUGCAAGAGACUCCCUUCGUUUGGAGGCUGGUAUGUGUCUCUACGGCCAUGAUUUGAACGACACCAUCACACCUGUGGAGGGCUCCCUCUCCUGGGUGAUCUCAAAGACCAAGAGAGACCCAGCAACCGCUAAGUUCAACGGUUCUUCAAAGAUCCUGGCGCAGCUCGCUGACAGAUCUCUCGUGAAGCAGCAAAGAGUUGGAUUCCAGUUGAAGGGACCUGCUGCCAGAGAGGGCUGUAAGAUCUUUGACGUCGAUUCCCCAGAGAAGCAGAUCGGGGUUGUCACCAGUGGCAGUGCGUCGCCAUCUCUCGAGGGCCGUAUCAACAUCGGCCAGGCUUACAUCGACAGAGGUUAUCACAAGUCCGGCACCAAGGUGUUGAUUGAGAUUAGAAACAAGAAGAGGGAAGGUGUGAUCGCUAAGCAGCCGUUCAUCGCACCAAAGUACUACAGGGAAUAA